AUGCCUAAUGGUGAAAAAAUCCUACGGUCAUGGAUGGUUUAUUCCCUAACCUCUAAAAACCUGUACUGUUUCUGCUGCCAUAUAUUUGCUAUGGCCAAUAAUACCAAUGCGGGAACAUUUACGACUGGAUUUCAAAAGUGGUGGAAAUUAAAUCCGAAAGUAGCUGACCACGAAUAUUCAAAUGAACAUCUAGAAAAUCUUGAGAAAUGGAAAACUUUAGAAAUGAGACUAAAAUUGAAUAAAACAAUAGAUGAUGCAGGUUUGCAAUUGAUGGAUACAGAAAAACAGAAGUGGAAGCAUCUUUUGACUAGAUUACUGGAUAUAACUUUAUUUCUGGCUAAACAAAACUUGGCGUUUCGUGGACAUGAUGAAGGACAAGACUAA